CCUCGCUGGCAGACGAUCGGACAGCCAGGAGAGAGAGGGACAAGUCAGCCUUGGUGCCCCUGGUCCUAGACCUAUACCAUCAGGGGAAACAGGAGCCCUGAGGUUUAUUCAGGAAGAUGCUGACCUGAACAUCUGGAACCCCCAGUCUGGCCAACAUGGAUGAAACGCACACUCUGUACUCUUCCCUGAAGAGACUGUUAUCUUUCUUCAAUGGCUUCAGAGUUAUGUCUGGUGUGAUCCUCAUUGGCCUGGGCAUCUAUGUCAAAUUCAGAGAGGCUGUCCUGGCAAAGGUCCUUGGGCUAUCCUCUGCAUAUCUCCUUAACACUGGCUGUCUGCGCCUGGCAGUGGGCUGCCUCACGGUACUGCUUGGCUUUGUUGGGUGGUAUGGAGCAACCAGAGAAAAUAGAGGCACUCUCUUGUUUUGUCUCCUGUCCAUGGUUACCAUUCUCAUUGUUGACAUCAUAGUUGUCGCUGUGGUCCUUGCCCUAUUCCACAUUGUUCAAGAAAUGGCCUUGGAGCACAUCUUCGCGACCCUGAGGAAGAAUUACAGAGGUUACGAUGAGCCAGAUGACUGUUCCACAGAAUGGGACUUGGUCACGGAGAAGUGGAAGUGCCGUGGGGAGAAGAACUACACAGAUCGUUCUGUCUUCUCCUUUGAAAUGACAACUGGUGGUUACUCCUGCCCCAGGAGCCGUGGUAAAUCCAUCAGGACCACAGCCUGUGAUGGGCGCAAUGUGUCCACAGACAUCACCCACGAGGAGGACUGUUCCCUCAAGGUCUAGACAAUAACCAAGACUUUGAGCUUCAA